AUGGGCGGUCGCCAGAGCACACCCGCGGAAGCGCCCAAGGCGGCUGCCAACUUGCAGGAUGCGGCUGCCAACUUGGAGCAGAAGAUUGAAGAGCUAGGGUCUAAGAUCCAGAAGGCGGACGAGGAGGCGCGGCAAUGGGUUGCGAAGCAGAGCACGGACCCCACCGCCAAGGCGCGGGCCAUGCAGGCGCUGAAACGCAAGAAGCUCUAUGAGCAGCAAAGAGAUCAGCUCGUGGACACGCAGUUCAACGUGGAAAACCUGGCCUUCCAGCAGGAACAGGCCACGAUCACGGCCUCCACCGUGGAGGCCAUGAAGAAGGCCACGGAUCAGCUCAAGAAGCAGACGCAGAACAUUGGGGUCAACGAGGUCGACAAGCUGACGGACGAGAUGCAGGAUAUCUCCGCGGAGAUGAAGGACAUCCAGGCGGCGCUGGCGGCUCCCUCUGCCACUGGCACCGCCGCCGAGGAGGAGGCCGAGGCGGAGCUGCGGGCUAUGUACGAGAUGCAGACGCAGAAGGAGGCAGAGGAGGCCAGCGGUCGAGUCAUCGAGUCGAGUGGGGCGCUGCAGGCCUUGCCACUUGAGGCCAUCGGGGGCCUGUCCGGCCGAUCUUCGGCCCCCGAUCUUUGGUUCUGUUUCGAGGCCGCCGCGAUCCUGGCGGGCGGCUCCGUCACCGUGACGCCGGCGGCGCCCGCUGUGCCCGCAGCCAAAGCCGCGGGCUACGCGAAGGCGGCCAGCCCCCCGCGCGAUCUCAGCGAGCCGCGGACUUGUGGGGGGGUCUCAGAGCCAGAUGCCCGGGCUUCCGACGGAUGCCCUAUGCCACAAGAGCUGAGGCAUGCGUCAGCAGGCAAGCAUGGUGGAGACACGAAUUCGUUGGACGAGCUCCGGAAGAGCGAGCAAAGUGCUGGAAGCAUGCGGCAACAGUACGGCCGGAACCCUGCGCAGUGCAUGCCAAGGGCCCCGGCCGCGCAGUCGAGGCCAGGGCGCUAUACGCAGGAGCUCAUCGCCCGCGUGCAGGAGGCCGGGCUGGAGGUCCAGGAGGCGCGCACCGGCGAGGCGGUGGCCGCGCUGGCGCGGCGCCAGGCCGAUGUGGGUCUCAUCAUUUCGUGCGGCAGCCCUGUCGUCCUCACGGAGCCCGUGGACUUGCGUGCCCAUGUCUGCAAGACGACGGCCGCGAUGCUGCUGUUCCCCAAAGCGCCCGUGGUGGGGAUUUGCUACGGCAUGCAGCUGCUGGCGCUUCUCUAUGGCGGUGCCUUGCGAGAGCAACGCGCGGCUGCUCACAAAGGAGUGUGGACUGAGAUGAGGAGAGCACCCGGCGUGACAUCUCGCCUGUUGAGCGGAAUGGCCCCUCGAUUUCAGCAGAAGGCCUCGAACUUCAUCUUCGUGGAGACCUUGCCGCAGCACUUUGUGGCGACGGCUUGGGACCCCCUGGACCGGGUCAUGGCGAUGGAGCACGAGCGGGACCACGUCUACGGCAUCCAGUGGCAUCCGGAGGUGAUCAGCGAGCAGGUGGGCCGGAAGCUCAUCGACCGGAUUCUGGGCCUGGUGGGUGAGACCCGCUCCUCCACGAUGCCGUGGGAAGGUUUCUGCACACCGAGCGGCCCUGAAGUGCAGUGCUGUGCUUCUUGCCCGAGCGAGGUGCAGGCCUUCACUCUGCACGAGGUGGACCUCGAGCUCCGGAAGGUGGUCAAGGCCUUGGUGACCGGCGCUGCUGCCGGCAACGCUGACCUGGGCAAGGUCUUGGCAGGUCGAAGGAAGGAGCUCAUGGCCAAGAUACGGAGUUCGCAAAGCGGGUGCGAGGGUGCAGAUGGCCAAGGCGACUUGGGCGCCGCGUGCGCCUCGGCCAGCGAGGAGCUUCGGGAGGUUGCAACCAGCUGGCUGAGCAAUCCGGCUCCUGCCGGCUGAUGGUUGGUCUCUUUUGAGAGAGCCGGCCCAUGUCCGUGUCUCGUUACAUGGGUGGCUCUGGUCUGUUUGGAGGGUACCCCAUUUUUCAAUG